AUGGGGAAGAGCAGAAUGGGCACGACAGUGAGCAGGAAGGCUGUCACCCACACAACCAAAGCCAUUAAAGUGCAUACUCGAGAAGACAUGACCAAGGUGUACCUGAGUGGAUUUGAGAUAGCCACGAAUCGGUCGGACCCUUUGGACGGCCACGAAGUCUUCCCUUGCCUGCAGUGCUCACGUGCCAUCUCCCUCGUGGAGGAGAGAGCUGCCGUCUCAGCUCGGCAAGGCCUUGCCCUCACUCAGAGGCCCGCGGGCCCAGCACUAGGGAGAAGAGCUUCUGUUUUCGAAACUGUGGCCAAGAGCAGAGGGGGCCAGAGGGCAGGAAAGAGGAAGAGAAAAGUGGACCGGCUAGAAAACUGCCACACGCCCACCUUGGUGUCGGCAGCCCCUCUGGUGGCGGAGGCAGAUGCAAAAACGGCUGGAAUGAUUCAGAGGAGAUUGCGAGUGAUCCUAAGCUCCAGCAGACCGUACCCCCUGCCCCGUCGUCUGCGGCCUGCAUGGUUGCUCCACCCGCCGCCUUCCGGAGCGCUGCUGACGGAAUUGGGAUUCAGCAAAGAGCUCCGCCCCUUUGCCCACAAUGAACCGCAGGAGAAGCACUGCGCCUGCGCACACAGGCCGCACGCCCGUGAGGCGCCAGGCCUGCGCUGUGUUCUUUUCUGGGCACUGAUGUUUCUCUACAUACUAACUUUGGCAGGAAACUGCAUGAUCGUUUUCCUGGUGGGAGUCAGUUCUCAGCUUCACACCCCAAUGUAUUUUUUCCUUGGUAUCUCAUCUUUACUGAUUCUCCUGUUCUCCACCAGUGCUGUUCACCUGAUCAUGGCGAACUCCCUGCAGAACUAUCCCACCAUCUCCUACAGCUCCUGUUUUGCCCAGCUUGCCAUCCGAGCCUUCUUGGCACUGGCUGAGUGUUUCCUUCUGGCCAUUAUGGCUUACGACCGAUUCGUGGCUAUCUGAAAUCCACUCAGGUACACCUUGGUCAUGUCUUCUCGAGUAUGCACUUUAAUGGCUUUGGUUGUGUGGGUGACAGCCUUCCUGCUCACUGUCGUUCCCAUUCUGCUCUUCCCCAUCAGUUUCUUUGGGCAUAAUGCAGUCAAUCACUUCUCCUGUGAAGUCCAAGCCAUCUUCAAAUUGCUCUGUUCUAACACCAUUUCCCUAGAGGUUAUGAUGAUGGUAUGUGCUGUCAUUGCAAUGCCAGUACCUUUAACUUUCAUCCUUAUCUGUUACCUUUGUAUCCUCAGGGAUGCCUUAAGAAUCCAUCCAACUGAGGCUAGGCUUAAGGCCUUUUCCACAUGUGGUUCUCACCUGGUCGUGGUCACCAUCUACUUUGGGACACUAGUAUAUAUUUAUAUGAGACCACAGGCCAAAAAGUCCCAAGAUGGGGACAAAAUUGUCUCUAUAGUUUAUGCAGCAGUGACGCCAAUGCUAAAUCCCCUCAUCUACACCCUGAGAAAUAAGGAUGUAAAAGCUGCUCUCAGGAGAGUAACUUGUGGGGCCAAGUCCUCAAGCUUUAAGCACACGACAGCCCGCUGGGUGAUAGGACAGCACAAAUGA